AUGUGUGAGAGAUUAGCCAAAUACGUAGUAGAUGAUCAUGGUCCUCAUACACAGGAUGUGAUUGCCAGGCAGGAGCAUCUCAGAGCCUCAUGGAAUACAUUGCUUGAGCACAUAGACAACAGAGACCAGAAACUACAUGGAGCUGGGGAGAUCCACAGAUUUAACAGAGAUGUGGAAGAUGCAUUAUCUAGGAUACAGGAGAAAAGCUCAAGUAUUCCUGAUGACUUGGGCAGGGACUACAACUCUUCUCUGACAUAUUUGAAAAAACAUGAAGCCUUUGAAAAUGAACUUGUGGCCCUGGAGGCACAGCUGCAAGUUCUUAUUGAUGACUCCACCCGUCUGCAAGCCACAUAUCCUGGUGAGAAUGCCGAGCAGAUUCAACAGUUGCAAGCCGCAGUCGUGGAUGACUGGGAAGAGCUUCAGACAAAGUCAGAUCACAGGAAGGCCUUGCUCCUUGCUGCAGCAGAUUUACACAGGUUUAUGGCCAGUGCUCGAGACCUUCUAGGGUGGGCAAAAGAAACAGAAAGGGAGAUGAAGAUGGACCAUAAUGUGAGGGAUGUGAAUGGAGCAGAUAUGUUGAGACAAAGGCAAGAGGAAAUUCGAGCAGAGAUAGAGGCUCGCCAAGACACAUUUGACUUGGUCAUUUCAACUGGACAGGCUCUUAUUGAAGCUGAUCAUUAUGCAAAAGAUGAGAUUGGUGCAAAGGUAGACCAGGUGGAUCAAGCAAGACAACAGCUUCAUGCGCUUUGGCUGGAGAGGAAAGACCUGUAUGAUCAGGUUUAUGAUCUCAACAUCUUUCUCAGGGAUGCUGAGCUGCUCAACAGGAUCAGUGCUACACAAGAGGUGUACCUCAGCAGUCCAGAUUUGGGAGACAAUGUUGCCCAAGUGGAGGGUCUGAUCAGGAAGCAUGAAGCUUUUGAGAAGGUUUUAGAUGUACACAAUGAGAAGCUUAAACUUAUAUUGGACCAUGGCCAGCAGCUUAUUGAAACUGAGCAUUUUGAAGCCAAAAAUGUUAAAACCACAAUGGCUGAACUAUCUUCCAGACGUAAGAACAUCCAUGAGCAAUCAGUUGUGAAAAAGAACAACCUCAAGGAUUCUCUCCUGUAUCAACAGUUUUGUAGGGAUGAGAAUGAGGCAGAGAACUGGAUUGAUGAAAAACUGAAGGUGGCAUAUGAAGAUGAUUUCAAGGAUGUCACAGACCUGUAUGACAAGAUGAAGAAGCUACAGAAGCAUCAAGCCUUCCAUGGUGAAAUUGUUGCCAAUACUGACAGGAUCAGCAGCAUUAAGGAGGUUGGUGAGAUUCUGAUCAAAAAGCGUCACCCUGCACAGGGUGAGAUCAAGCAAGCCACCACUCGGCUGACAUCCAAAUGGAAUGAACUGCUUCAAGCAUCAGCCAACAGAGGGAAAGGGCUGGAAGAGGCCAAGGACAUACUGGAGUUUAUGGAGCAAGUUGAUAAAGUUCUUCUGUGGAUUCGAGAAAAGGAGGCACUAGUUCAUCAGAAUGAUGUAGGUCGAGACUAUGAACACUGUCUGGAACUGCAGAAAAAAGUCAAUGACCUCGAAUCUGCUGGCAUCACUGUGGAUGAGAAGAGAAUCAAAGACAUCAAUGCUCUAGCCGACAGACUGAUCACUCAAGGAAGGACAGACACCAUGCAGGUUAAGGAGAAACGAUCCGAUAUGAACCAAAAAUGGCAGAACUUGCAAGGAGCACUAAAUGACUACAAGGCUCGCUUAGCUGCAGCUCUGGAGAUCCAUGCAUUUGUCCGUGACGUAGAUGAUGUCAAUGAUCGCAUUCAUGAGAAAGCUCAGUUGCUCUCUGUUGAGGAUUUGGGCAAGGAUCUACAGGCUGUAGAGGCCUUACAGCGAAAGCAAGAGGAGAUUGAAAGGGACAUGACAGCACUGCAGAAUCAACUUGAGAAAAUUGAGACACAAGCCAGUAAGCUGUGCCAGAAAUACAAAGACAGAGCCAAGGAGAUAGAGUUAAAGAAACAGGAGGCUGAUGACAACUGGGAGAAAUUAGAGGAUUUAUCAGACAGCAGGAAAGCAAAACUGGCAGAGUCCUAUAAACUACAGAAAUUUCUUACAGAUGCAAGAGAACUUAUCAAUUGGUCCAAUGACAUGAUAAACAAAAUGAAUGCCCAAGAGCUUGCUAAGGAUGUCACAGAGGCUGAGAAUAUGUUGCAGAUGCAUCAUGAGAGGAAGGCUGAGAUUGAAGGACGCAAAUCUCACUUCUCCACUGUGAAGGACUUUGGAAACAGCCUCAUCAACAGCAAACAUUAUGCGAGUGACGAAGUCCUGAAAAUGAUCAAACAGCUAGACACAACUCGCCUUGCCUUAAUUGGUGCAUGGGAUAAGAGGAACACAUUACUUACCCAGUGCCAUAAUUUGCAAAUUUUUAAAGAAACAGCUGAACAAACAGAAACUUGGAUUGGAACAAAAGAAGCAUUCCUUGCUAAUGAAGAUGUUGGGAACUCCUUAUACAGUGUUGAAAGUUUGAUGAAGAAACAUGAUGCAUUUGAGACGACAACUAAAGCCCAGGAGGACAAGAUUGAAGAUCUGAAGCAGUUUGCAGCUGACCUCUGCGCAGACAACCAUUAUGCUGCUGAUGAAAUCAAUGCUCGCUGCCAAGCUGUGCUGAAUAGAAGAAAACGCAUGUGGGAGAUGUCACAGGCUCGCAGAAAGAAGUUGGUGGACUCAAGAAACUACCAGUUGUUUUUGAGAAACUUAUACGAGGUGUCUGCCUGGAUCAAUGAAAAGUUGCAGAUAGCCUUAGACGAGUCUUACAGAGAUCCAACAAAUCUUCAAGCCAAGUUGCAGAAACAUUCAGCAUUUGAAGCUGAACUAUCUGCCAAUAGAAACAGAGUGGACGCAGUCGUUGAGGAAGGCAAAGGUUUGGUUGAAGAAAAACACUAUGCCAGAACAGACAUACACAAGAGGCUGGAAGAGUUAGAAUUGUCCUGGCAAGCACUGAUUGCAGCAACAGCAGAAAAGAAAGACAGACUCCAGGAUGCAUAUCAAGCCAUGCUGUUUAACAGAGUGGUGUCAGACUUGGCCUUAUGGAUGGAUGAGAUUGAGAACCAGCUGAUGUCAGAGGACCACGGCAAAGAUCUUAGUUCUGUCAGCAGCUUACUUAACAGACAUCAGCAACUGGAGCAGGACAUAUCAUCUCACAAAGAAAAGAUCACAGAUGUGCUUGAUGCUGCUCAGAUGUUUAAGGAGGCCAAACAUUUUAUGAACAAAGAGUUGCAGGCCACCGCAAGAGAGAUCUCAGAAAGGUACAACUCUUUGCUUGAGCCUUGUCACAUCAGAAGAGAGAAUUUGGAAGAAGCUCGCCGUAUGUACCAGUUUUUCCGUGAUGUAGAAGAUGAACUAUCAUGGAUACAGGAUCGGCGCCCUUUAGCUGAAUCACAAGACCUAGGAAAUUCUCUUGUGACUGUACAGAACCUAAUGAAGAAACACCAAGCACUUGAGUCUGAAAUAAUUGCCCAUGAGCCUCUGAUUGAUGCCGUAGCCUCUUCAGCUCAGCAGAUGAUUCGUGGAAAACAUUUUGCAGCUCCAGAGAUCCAGUCCCGCUUGGAAAGUUUGCAUAAGAAUUUAUCAGAUCUCAAAAAGAAGACAUCGGAGAGGAAGAACAAAUUGAGAGAUGCAUUAGAGGCUCAGAAGUUCUACACAGAAGUGAGUGAACUUGAGCAGUGGAUGAAUGAGAAGUUGCCACAACUGACAAGUUCUGAUCUGGGCAAGGAUGAAGAUUCAGUGUUGGCUCUCACCAAGAAACUGGAUGCAUUGGAGAGGGACAUUGACAACUUUGCAAACAGCAUUGGUGAACUGUCAGCACUUAGCAGAACACUCACUGAUAGGCAACAUUACGACUCUGAGAAUAUCAAGAAAACACAGGCUGAAGUAGAGCGCCAGUAUUCCAGGCUGCAGGACCUGACAACACAACGAAGAAAGAAGCUUGGAGACAGCCGCAAGCUUUACGAAUUUUACCAUGAAGCAGAUGUUGUUGAAUCAUGGAUUGCUGAGCGCAUGGUUAUUGCUUCUUCAGAGGAUUAUGGGCAGGAUCUUGAGCAUGUUGAAGUGCUGCAGCAGAGAUUUGAGGACUUCCUCCAUGACCUGAACAACAACUCUGACAGAAUAACCCACAUUGUAACUAUGUCCAAGUCCAUGAUUGAAGCUGGCCAUUUUGAGGCUGAAGGCAUUCGAGCAAGGACCAAGGUGAUUGAGAGUCAAUGGAAAGAACUGAGAGAAGUCUCCCAAGCCAGACAAGAUGCUUUGAAUGGUGCUAAAGAAGUCCACAUGUAUGGUCGGGAUGCUGAUGACACCCUAGAGUGGAUUCAAGAGAAAGACCUGAUUGUGAGUGGUGAUGAUUAUGGGCAUGACUUGGAGAGCAGCCAGGCACUUAUCAGCAGACAUGAAGGGUUGGAGAGAGAUAUGGCAGCAAUCAGUGAGCAGGUGGAGAACAUCACUAAAGAAGCAGAGCGUCUGAUUAGCACAUUCCCUGAUGCUCAGGAGCACAUAGCAACCAAACAUGAAGAAAUGGUAGGAGCUUGGAACACUCUGGUUGAGAAAGCCAGUCAGAGGAAAGAAAAGCUAGCACAGGCUGAACAGUUACAGAAGUAUUUUAAUGACUACAGGGAGCUCACGGCAUGGAUCAGUGAGAUGAUGGCCAUAAUUACUGCCGAUGAACUGGCACAUGACUUGCCAGGAGCUGAGGCUAUGAUGACUCGCUACAAGGAGCACCGCACUGAAGUGGACAGCCACAAUGAGGCAUUUAACAAGUUCUUCCAGAGUGGUCAGUCGUUCAUUAAACGGGGACACUUCCUUUCUGAUGAGAUUCAGGAGAAAAUCAGUCAGCUUGAGCAGUCUCGGGAGGGUCUCCUCAGGACUCUAGAGCAAAGAAGAAACCUGCAUGAAAAGAAUCUUCAGGCACAGAGACUGCUCCAUGAAAUUGAGCAGAUUGAAGCUUGGAUGAAUUUAAGAGAACCUUUGAUCAAAGGGGGCAAAUAUGGGGACUCCAUUCAAGAGGUUGAGGAGUUGAUCAGGAGACAUGCAGACUUUGAGAAGACUGUCGAUGCCCAGGAAGAUAGAGUAAACAGGCUUUGUAAAGAUCAGGUUGAAAAAGCUAUGAAGGAGCAGAAACUUCUGGAACAGAAACAGCUAGUAGAAGAUGAAGCCCGGAGAGAAAAAGAUCGACUGGAUGACCUACGCAGAAGGGAGCAAGAAAGGAUUCUUGAGGAACGAAGGAGAGAAGAGGAGCAGAGAAAGGCUAAAGAGGUUCUGCUGAGGAGGCAGAAAGAGGAAAAUCAAGAGUAUGAUAGAAAGAAUGAUGAAAGGCUUCAAGGUUCAACUGUAAAGAGUCUUAUUGGUCGUUCACAAAGUAUCAAGAUAACCUCCAGACCAGAGGGCCCCCGGUCAGACGUUCAGAGAGCAAUUAGCUUCCGCAGCCGCCCAGAGCAACCUUCCCAUCCGGUGGCACUACAGAAAGCAGCUAAUUUUAAACAG